GUAUUUUUUUUAAAUGAAUGUCAUUUAGUGAUUCCUACUGGUUUUUUUUAUGAGCUGUGUCAAGUAUAAUUUUCGCGUGUGUUAUGGACAAUAAUUCUGAUGUAGAAAAGUACUGCGAUAUAAUUAAGUAACAUGGAAAAGCAGUUUGUUGAAAAGACCAGUAUAAGUAAUAGAUGAUGCACGACGGAAUUUAAUAAAUCAUAUUCCGAAAUAUAAGGACAUGUUAAGUGCGCAGUGUUUUGUGGAAUAUUAAUGAAAUGGAAUAUGUUCGUUUUCAAGACAUAUGUGGUUUAUAUUUAACUAUUUAUAGUAUAAAUCAUUUAUCAUGAAGAAACCACGUGCGGAAAGGGAUCGCAUUCGCGAGAGAGAAAGACAAGCCAGAGCUCAUAUGUCACUACAAGCCGAACGUGAAUCUGAACCAGAACACCAAUUAUUUGAUGCUCCAGUUAAAAUAAGCCCAUCAUGUACUGAUGAUAUGGGACAACAGAUUCAGAGGAAAUUAGGAAAUUACGAUAGAUUGUGGACGGAUGAUAAAAAGCGUUAUAAACAUGAUGGAAUACCAUCUUCAAAUUUACUCAGUAAUGGGAUGCAGAACAGAUCUCAACCACCCGAAUUUAAAAAGCCAACUGGAAAUAUGUGCCCUGGAUCAACAUCUCAGCGGAUGUCUUCUAAUACUCUAAAACCUUCUUCAUCAUAUAGGAGUAAUAUUUACAAACCUACUUGCCCAAUUGAUACCAGCAAACAUGUACCAAGUGUUAAAACUAAUAGUAGUUCUUCAUACCAUAUGCAGCCCAAUAAAUAUUCUGUCAGCAAUCUUGAUAACAGGAAUGGGUUAAAUAAAAAUUUAACCUUAAAUACUAAUAUGGGAAACUAUCAGAAUAUGGUGAGAGAGAUGCCCUCUUCUUAUGCGAAUAACUGUGAUGUAGGUCUGCGUGGUAAUGAAGUUGAUACUAUUUUGAAGCUAUUAAAAAAUCAAAUAUUGAUAUGA